AUGGGGAGCUACUACGGCGGCUGGUGGUGGCGAGGAAGGCUGUUGGCCGCCGUUGUGGUGGUACUGGCGGCGGCAGAGGUGGUGGCCGGAGGGAAUGUGACGUACGAUGGGAGGUCGUUGAUAGUAGAUGGGGAAAGGAAGGUUCUGUUUUCUGGUUCCAUUCAUUAUCCAAGGAGCACCCCCAAGAUGUGGAGAUCUUUGAUAGAAAAAGCCAAAGAAGGAGGGAUCGACGUUAUUGAGACCUAUGUUUUCUGGAGCCUUCAUGAGCCCAAAUCUGGACACUAUGAUUUCAUUGGAAGAAAUGACUUGGUGAGGUUUAUAAAGGAGGUCCAGGCCCAAGGCCUCUAUGCCUGCCUUCGAAUCGGCCCAUUCAUUGAGAGUGAAUGGACUUAUGGAGGGAUCCCUUUCUGGCUGCAUGACAUCCCGGGCAUUGUCUACAGGACAGAUAACAAGCCCUUUAAGAAUCACAUGCGAAACUUUGUUACCAAAAUAGUGGAAAUGAUGAAGUCGGAGAGUCUGUUCGCUUCGCAAGGUGGCCCCAUAAUCUUAUCACAGAUAGAGAAUGAGUAUGGAAAUGUAGAAGCACCAUUCAAAAAGGGAGGGAAAGCAUAUGUGCAGUGGGCAGCAAAAAUGGCAGUCGAUCUCCAAACUGGAGUCCCCUGGGUGAUGUGCAAGCAACCUGAUGCUCCUGACCCUGUGAUAAACUCAUGCAAUGGGAUGAGAUGUGGAGAAACUUUCACAGGGCCAAACUCCCCAUCCAAGCCAGCACUUUGGACAGAGAAUUGGACAUCCUUCCUGCAGCGGUAUGGAGACGAAACGUACCUAAGAUCGGCUCAAGAUAUCGCCUUCCACACCUUGCUCUUCAUUGUUGCCAAAAAUGGAAGCUUUGUCAAUUACUACAUGUAUCAUGGAGGGACAAAUUUUGGAAGAAGUGGGGCAGCAUACAUGGUGACACAGUACUACGACCAAGCUCCUCUUGAUGAAUAUGGUUUGAUCAGAGAACCGAAAUGGAGCCAUCUUAAAGAGAUGCACGCCGCAGUUAAAUCUUGUUCUUCAGCUUUAGUAAAUGGAGUCCAGAGAAAGAUCUCCCUGGGACAACACCAACAGGCUUAUGUUUAUGAAGACUCGACAGAUGAGGGAAACAAGUGUGCAGCAUUUCUAUUCAACAACGCCACAACCAAUGCAACAGUUGAGUUCAGAAAUGCAAAUUUCGAGCUGCGACCUAGGUCGAUUAGUGUUCUGCCCGAUUGUAAGAAAAUAGCCUUCGACACAGCCAAGGUGAAUGCAGCAAUCAGCAAAAGAAUAGCGACAAAGAGCAAGACUCUGAAAGGUGCAGAGCAUCAAUGGGAGGAAUACAGAGAGGCCAUACCUACUUUCUCAGACACUACAGUGCGAUUCAAUCAGAUAGAGGAGCAAACAAAUAUAACCAAGGAUUCUACUGACUAUCUAUGGUACACGAUGAGCUUCCAACCAAAUUCGGCUUCUUGCACAGAACCAAAACUGCAAGUGAAAUUCCUCUCACACCUUGUUUAUGCUUUUGUCAAUGGGGAAUAUGCAGGAUCAGCUCAUGGGAAUUCAACAGGUCAGAAAAAGGCAGUCUUGGUCGAAGCACCAAUCUCACUAAGUGAAUCGAAGAAUGAUGUUUCUAUACUAAGUGUUAUGGUGGGACUAUGGGAUUCUGGAGCUUUCAUGGAGAAGAGAUACGCAGGACUAACUAAGGUAGAAAUUCAAUGCAAAGAGACUACACACAAUGUCACAAGUGAUGAAUGGGGCUAUCAGGUUGGUUUUCAAGGAGAGAGCUUAGGGAUAUACACACAAGAGAAUACAGAUAAAGUCAAAUGGAAUCCAAUCUCUGAUUCUUCAUCAGCAAACGAUGAUCCGUCACCCAGAUGGUUUAGAACAAAAUUUGAUGCACCUAAGGGAGAUGAGCCAGUGGCAUUGAACCUAACCAGUAUGGGAAAAGGUCAAGUAUGGGUGAAUGGAGAGAGCAUUGGGCGCUAUUGGAUGACAAUUAAGACAAAGCAAGGAAAUCCUUCUCAGACACUGUACCAUGUUCCUAGGGAGUUCCUAAACACAUCAGACAAUCUACUGGUAAUACUGGAAGAAUCCAAUGGGGAUCCACUCCAAAUUACAGUUCGUACAGUAUCAAUUACCCAAUUGCUACACCCAAGAUCAAGACAUUCAACUAUCAGAUGA